AUGGCCGACAACUUCAAGAGCGAGGCCCGGCGGAGUGAGGAGGGCCAUGGUCUCCUCAACGGCGAUGAGAAGCGCGUCGAGGAGAGCUACGAUCUCGAGGCCGCCCCAAGCCCUGCUACCGAACAGCAGGCACAAGAAGACAAGACCAACAACAACAACCCUGUCGAGUACACCAUCUCGCCAAAUGUCAAGUACGCCUGGUUGUGCGCCUACUUUUUCUUCAGCUUGAUUUUGACUCUCUACAACAAGCUGGUCCUAGGAUUCUUCCCCUUCCCAUGGCUUCUCACUUGCAUCCACGCCACGUGCGCGAGCUUGGGAUGCUUCGGUCUGUUGAAGGGAGGCUACUUCACCAUGUCCCACCUGGGACGUCGGGAGAACCUCAUCCUCCUGGCGUUUUCUCUCCUCUUCACCACCAACAUCGCCGUCUCCAACCUUUCGCUGUAA